AUGAAGUCCAAUGUAUGCAUGCAGGCAAUUGCCACACCAUGUCCCAAGCCAGUGGCUAAGAUCGACGUGGAAGAGGAAGAGCUCCUUCAUGACGAUGUCGUCCUGUCGAUGGACAGAGUUCUCCGGUUCAAAGACAGCAGUGGUGGUAGCAAGAAGAAGAGAAAUAAGAGGAAGGGAUCCGCUAAUGACGAUGAGGUCGUAGACGACUUUGUCGACGCCCUGCUUGGCGACAAUGAGGCUGCAGCAGAGAAGAAGCGCGCAAAGAAGGCCAAGAAGGCGCAGAAGAAGCGUGAGAAGGAGGAAAAGGACCGCAAGGAAAAGGAAAUGCAGGAUGUCCAGUAUAACGACGACGACGUGCAGGAUCUGUACGCCUGGGACUCUGAUGACGAGGAGGAAAGCUUCGUUGUCCAUGACAGCCAGCCAGCAUCUUCGGCACCAACAGCAGCAAGGUCUGGCUCAGACAAUGAGGGCGAGGAUGCCGACGAGAUGGAGCGCCGUGCAGAGCGUCAGCGUGCACUGUCCCUGGCGAUGCUGGUUGCAGACGAGGUGGAGCAGAAUGGAAACGACGAUUUGCCGCGUGAUGCCAACGACUGGUUUGACAAGCUGGAGGAAGAUGCCAACGACAGCCGUGCUGCCAAGAGCCGGAAUAGCACCAAGCUCAUAAAGGCAGAUGGUGCGGAUGAGGAAGGGGAAGAGGAUGAUGGAGAUCUGCCCACAGAUAUCGUCAAGGCGCGCCGCUCUGAUACACCUGCCUCGUCGAAGCCUGUCCGACCCACGGUAUCGAAAGAGAAGCGCGAGGCAAUCGGCCGGUAUCUAGCUGUGGACUGCGAAAUGGUCGGUGCUGGCUUCAAGGGCUGUCGGUCCAUGUUGGCCCGUGUAUCGAUUGUUAACUAUUACGGCCAUGUCAUCAUGGACACGUUUGUCAAGCCGCAGGAACCAGUUACCGACUACCGCACAUGGGUGUCGGGAAUUCGCAAGUCAGACCUGACUAACGGCGCAAAGUUCAAGGACGUGCAGCAGCAGGUCGCCGACCUGUUCAAGGACAGGGUUGUUAUUGGCCAUGCGCUACAGAACGACCUGCGUGCCCUCAUGCUGACCCACCCGCCGCUGAUGGUGCGUGACACAGCCAAGUACAAGGGCUUCCGCAAGCUCAACAACGGCAGCGCGCCAUCGUUGCGCAAAUUAGCCGCGUCGGUGCUCAACAUCAACAUCCAGGAGGGCGAGCACUCAUCUGUCAAGGACGAGUGGGAGAAGGAAUUGCAUCCAAAGCGGUACAAGGUGCAGAUUAAGAAAGCCAGGACCAAGGAGCGCUUUGAGCAGCUGCGGCGCGAGAGGAAGGAGCAGCAGAUGGACAUGCAGCGUGUGUACCGCAGUGCAUGGCCCAAGUGA